AUGGCGGAGGGAGAUUUCGCGUUGGCGAUCGUGUCAGAACCCUAUACAAUCCCGAUGGACCACCCUCACUGGUACUCUAAUGAGACGGAAACUAUUGCAAUCACAUGGAGACAGGCUCAGGAAGCAAUGCCGUGCACCCCAUAUGAUAGGGGAGAACAUUUCGUGGCUAUUAGAUGGGGGGACAUAGUGGUCGUAGGGAUUUACCUACCUCCAAGUCUUGGUAUACCCCAGUGUGAGGAAGCACUCGAAGAGUUAGAGAGAUGGGCCAUACGAAACAUAGACAGACCCAUGAUCAUUGAAGGCGACUUAAAUGCCAAGUCAAUGUUAUGGAACUCCAGGAGUACCAAUCCGCGAGGUACUCUAAUUGCGGAAUGGGCUAGUGCUAUGGGCAUGUGCUGCCUGAAUAGAGGGCACGAAAGCACAUGUGUUAGGAUAAAUGGGGAGUCGAUUGUAGACGUCACAUUCGCCAAUCCGAUUGCCUCCAGAAGAAUUGUCAAUUGGACAGUCUCCAAGAGGGAAUCGAAAUCCGACCAUAGAUACAUUGAGAUCACCGUAAGUCUUUCGGGUGCGCAGAUACGAAGAAGAAAACUUCCGAAAGUCCAAAGAUGGGCCACAAAAAGAUUGGACGAGGACAUGUUCACUGCCGCAAUCACGGCAAGAACAUGGCCAAGGAGAAACCAAGAGGCAGAAGACACUGAGGCACAGGCAAGGUCUCUUCAGAGGGCAAUGGUGGAGGCGUGUGAUGCCUCCAUGCCCAGGUCCACACCAAGACCACGCAGAGCCAUGCCCUGA